AUUGAUUGCAUUAUCUUACUUGGUUUUCCUGUGGAGUUUAAUAAAAGGCGUGGAUGCUGAGCUCUGAUAAACACAGGUGAAAAGAAAUCGACAAGAUGCCGCAUCAAUGACAAAAACUUGAGAAUAUUGAAUCACGAUGAAAUCACGCAACUCAGUCAGGUACCAGAAGCUCUCUAACGAUGACGGCUUCGUGGAUGCACAGUUCAUCAAGCCAGAGCCCAAGGUUCCCUGGAGGGCUAUCUGCCUUGCCAUUGGGCUCUUCACUGUUGGUACUAUACUCCUUGUGAUUGGAUCCCUUCUUUUUACUGGUCAUUUUGAUGUAAAAUAUGCUGAUCGUACAUACCCCAUGCUGAUCCUUGGUUCUAUCAUGUUUAUUCCGGGGUUUUACCAUGUGCGUCUUGCCUAUUAUGCAUGGAAGGGCUAUAGAGGGUACUCAUUUGAAGACAUUCCAGAUUUUGACUAGGUAGAUAUUAUUACCAAGUAAAAAAGAUAAUAGAGUUUGUACUGUUGCUACUGGUAAAGUAAGAAUACUUUUCUUGCAUUGAGAUGACGAAAGUCACUGAUAUAGGAUUCUCACCGUCAUGAAACCUUAUUUCUUAAAAUAUUGCCAAAAGUCCACAGAUAAGGAUUAUCAAGUGGCAAAUUUAACAAAAUGUUAGACUGUAAAUAUUUUUUCUUGGGAAUGCAGUGAAGUACUGCACAGUAGAUAAUGUAAAGCAAGAAGUAUUAAUAACAUGUACAGUAGUAGGACACUCUCAUCGUCUGAAAUCUAUAUGUCAUUCAAUUGCAUUGCUGCUAUGUGUCUUGCAUUUUUUAGAAUACAAGUGUUUGGGGGAGAACUUAUAAUAAUAUUUUUUUCUAUUUGUCCAGAUUGUUUUAAUUGAAGUGUUAGACUCAAAAAUUUAAAUGAAAAUAUAUUUAUUUAACAACAUUGUGUUAUGUACUCUUUACAAAUUAUUCAAUGAAAUAUUUAAUACAGUUUCUAUCAUGCUCUCACAGAGAGAGUUCAUCGGUGUUUGACACCUAAAUCCUAUACAAAUUUACAUGGAAUACCAUGUUAUUCUAACAUUUAAAUAAUUAACUAUAUUUCCUUGACCAUCAAUAUUUCUCUUGUGAUAUUUCAAUGUGAAUUAGAUCUUUUAGACUGUACAUAGCUUCUCCUCAUAGAGGUUUGUAGAGUCCCUGGUGAAUCAGGCUUGUCACUUGUUAGGAAUGCACCCUGUGGUGUCGUCCAUCACUCGAAUGAGGGUGUUGACUAUCACAAAGUUGCGAUAGAUUUUGAUGUUGUCAACUGUUGGUUGUACACCCUGAAAUUAUGUAAUAAUAACCGUAAAAUAAAAUGUGUGAUAUGCUCAUCUAAA